AUGAUUAAACGGUGGCUUUUAGCCCUGUCGGCCCGGGUCGGCCUCACUGUGCUGGGCCUCUGCUGCUGUCUGUCCCUGUUCUACCUCCUCGCCUGUAAACCCACGUCUCACAGCAGCCAGCAGUCUCUGCUGUGGUCUGGUGGGGCCACCAGUAAAGAAGGAUACAUGGCCUUGUUGCAGGAGAGGGAGGACUCUCACAGACAUUACAUCAACAGCCUGACGAAGCAGAUAGCCCAGCUGAAAGAAGCUCUCCAGGAGAGGACGCAGCAGCUUCAAGAGUCCCUGGAGAAAGCUAAAACAAGAGGGAUUCUGCCUCAGGGUCUGGAGAGUCUGCACAAAACCCCGACACAGACUGACCUUAAGGAUUUCCUACGCUCCCAGCUGAACCAGGCAGAGGUGAACUCAGGUGUAAAGCUGCUCAGCGAAUAUGCAGUGAUUCCUUUUGACACUUUCACCCUGCGGAGGGUGUACCAGCUGGAGACAGGACUGACAAGGCACCCAGAGGAGAGGCCUGUGAGGAGAGACCGCAGAGACGAGCUGAUAAGCACAGUGGAAACAGCUCUGCACGUCCUGAACGGACAUCAGCAACACACUGACAACACCAGACGGAAGCGCACAUACUCCCCUUCAGACUUCAUAGAGGGGUUGACCCGUACAGAGCGGGACAGAGGAACCGUUUACGAGCUGAUGUUUAAAGGCGCCGGCCCGCAGGACUUCACACAGCUCAUGCUCUUCAGGCCAUUUGGUCCCAUGAUGAAGGUGAAGAGCGAGAGUGUGGACAUACGCAGCAUGCUCAUUAACAUCAUCGUACCUCUUUCCAAGAGGCCGGACGCAUUCAGGCAGUUCAUCAACAACUUCAGAGAGGUUUGCAUCCGGCUGGACGGCAGGGUGCAUCUGACUGUGGUCUACUUUGGUCGCGAUCAGAUAGACCAGGUGAAAGCCAUGCUGGACCAGACCACCAGAGAGACUCGGUUCAGGAGCUUCACUUUGAUCCAGCUGAAUGAGGAGUUUUCUCGUGGUCGGGGCUUAGAAGUGGGCGCCAGGGCUUGGAGGCGCAGUCAGAAUGUCCUGCUCUUCUUCUGUGAUGUUGACAUCCACUUUACCGCCGACUUCUUAACUUCCUGUCGUCUCAACGCUGAACCUGGUAAGAAAGUGUACUAUCCAGUGCUCUUUAGCCAGUACAACCCAUCUAUUAUCUAUAGUAAUCAGACAAUUCUACCCUCUGUUCAACAACAACUGGUGAUAAAGAAGGAAACUGGAUUCUGGAGAGACUUUGGGUUUGGCAUGACAUGCCAGUACAGGUCUGAUUUCCUCAACAUAGGGGGUUUUGACCGUAACAUCAAAGGUUGGGGGUUGGAGGAUGUGCACCUGUACAGGAAGUACCUUCACAGUAAGCUGAUAGUGAUUCGCUCUCCGUCCAGAGGCCUUUUCCACUUGUGGCACGAGAAGAACUGUGCAGACGAGCUCCCUCCAGACAAAUACAAGAUGUGUAUGCAGACCAAAGCCAUGAGCGAAGCCUCGCACGGCCAGCUGGGGGAGCUGUUUUUCAAACGAGAGAUUGAGGUUCAUUUGAGCUCCCAGAAGCAGAUGGACAGAGGAACAUGA